UACAAGGCAAGCGCAGGCGUCUAAGAAUCAGCUGAUCGGGCCGUGGCAUUCGGAUUGCAAUUUUGGAGAUAAAGGCCGUAAUUUUAGAGGAAAAGGGGGAUAAGAGGGAAAUGAAGAAGCCAAUUAGAGUAUGGUCACAAGACAGGAAACGUCGAUAUGGAGUUGUUGCGAACAGCUUUAAGGAUGUCAUUGAGAAAGGUGCAGCAAAGCUGGGUAUGGAUGAUACAAGCUCUUUAACUGUGGUACUGGAAGAAGAUGGCACUGUUGUUGAUGAUGCUUACUGGGAGACUCUGGCACCUGAUACGAAACUCAUCUUCUUAGCAGCUGAUGAGGCAUGGCAUCCUUCUCCACUGUCAGUCCCAAGCAACUUGCUAUUUGUAUCUGAUGAAAUAGAUGGUCCAAUUGGAGAUGAAGAGAGGGCAGUCAAUCUCCUAAAAUCACUAGAACAAAAUCCUGCAUCAGUUGCAUUGUUAAGCUUGUCUGACCUAGAGGUCAUUAAAGAUGCAAACUUAAGCUCUUUGGAACUGCCUAAACAGACCUCAGAUUCCUCCCUGCAGUUACAGGAGUUGUGUAUUGAAUUUUAUGUUAAGAAGAAGAAAGAAGCAGAAGCAAUGGAAUUAGUUGACUUGCUGAAGGAACAUUUAAAGGGCAAUGAUGCAUAAAUUAAGAUCCUCUUCUUUCAGCUCAUAAACCUUUAUAAAAGAAAGGCCAUUGUCAGAAGUAGGAAAAUGAUUUCCAUUGAUAUUUUUGAAAUAAUGAAUACAGAAAUAUCUUAUAUCUGAAAAAAACAACUCAAGAUGAAGUGGUUUAUAAAGAUUAUAUUUGAACCUGGUUAUCAAAUAGUUUGUACUGAACUAAUUAUAAUAUGCAAGUAAUUUGUUUUAUGAUGCAAGAGUUUUUUAAUGAGAGUUCAUAGAAAUGUUAAAGAAACAUAUGAAUAUGUUAUAUACUUGUAUUAUUCAGUUGUGUACAUGAUGUUUAAACAAAAUUUUCUUUUAGAAAUACAAUAUACUAUGAAAUAAUCAGUUGUCAUGUACAUGACUCUAUAAAUGGUCAUCUUAUUCAUAUACAA